GCACCGUUUGCAAGUUCAUACUGAUAAAGCUUCCCCAGAUAUAAGUUUUGGGGAUGGAGGGAGUUCAAUUCAUCCCAUCUUUCUCAUAUCUCCUUUCUCAACCUCAAUUCUAUAUUGUAAAUUUCCACUUAAACUUGACUUGACUAGCGAGAUCAAGAUGGCACCCUCAGCACUUCUCCCAGACCCUGAGCCAGAGUACAUCAUUGUACAUGCCGGGAAAGGGACAAUUAAAAGAGAGAUUCUCAAAGGGGACAAGAAGAAGCCAACUUUCGAGACCAUCACUCAAGUUGACUUUUCCAAGAUGAAUAGCUCUUCACUUGAAGAUCGGAAGGCUAUUGCGAAAGAGAUUGGUGCUGCGUUUAGAGAUUCAGGGUUCUUGUAUGCUGCUAAUCAUGGAAUCGAUGAGAAGUUACAAGAUGAUUUGCUUGCUGUCAUAAAGGAAUUCUUUGAUUUGCCAUUUGAGAAAAAGAUGAAGAUACACGUAAACAAAUCCGACACCAUCAAAGGCUACGAAGCUCUCCUAGAAACGAAACUCGACGCCUGCACUCGAGGAGACCUCAAAGAAGCCUUCGCAACAGGCGACGACCCCAACGACCCCGAACAAAACCCCCCAGCAACCCUCAACCGCUCCCUCUACCCGUCCAACGGCAACCAAUGGCCCGCCUCCCCUCCCACCUUCCGCAAAACCAUGUACGCCUACCAAGCCGCCAUCCUCUCCUUCAGCAAAUCCCUCAUGCAGCUCAUCGCCCUCUCUCUCUCCCUCCCCGAAACCUAUUUCGACCACAUGUCCUCCUUCCCCAUGGGCGGCCUCCGCGCCUUGCAUUACCCGCCCCAAGACGUCUCUACCGACGUCGGAAUCGGCGCGCAUGCCGAUUAUUCCUGGUUUACGCUCGUGAACCAACUUUCUGCUACUCCCGCUCUAGAAGUGCUGAAUCAUAACGGGGCGUGGGUUUCGGCGCCGCCGGUCAAAGGGACACUGGUUGUUAAUGUGGGGGAUUUUUUGGAGAUGGCGACGAGGGGGAGGUAUGUUAGUACGGUGCAUCGGGUGGUGAAUAUGACGGGGAUGGAGAGGUAUUCGUUGGCGUGGUUCUUUAGUCCGAGUGCGGAGUGUGUGGUUGAGACGGUGCCCGGGUGUGAGGUGGAGGGGGAGGAGGGCGUGAGGGUUGUUGCUGGGGAGUGGCAGAGGGAGAGGCUUUUGAGGGCGAGGUAUAAGCAUCCGAGUAGUGUGGCAGCGAGGGCGAGGGGUGAGUUGUGAUUUUGUGGGCUGGAAGGAGGUGUGGUUGUGAUUGAGUUCAUGGUAGUAAGUGAAUUGAACACUUCUGAGGUCAGCUGUCUUAAAGAAAGACCUCGGAGAUGAUGAAUC